AUCAGUUUAAAAACAUGAUCUUGUAUAAUAAUAGCAGAGGUAUUAUAUUUUUAAGAUAAGACAAUUAUUAUAGUUGAUAUUGACCAUGAUGGUCUGGUGUCAUGAUUAAAUUGAAUACUGAAUCUUGUUGUUUAUGAAUUACGUAGUUUGUCCUUGUUGACGAGAAACUGAUUCUAUUAUCCCACUUUUAACUUCUAUGGUAAAUUGGACAUUACUUUCGACCAUAUACCAGAUAGAUAGAUUUUAUUUUGAUUCAUUCGCAAAAAAAUAGAAACAGUACACAUGAAAAGAGAAGGUAAGAAUCUGGGAAGUGAAUAAAAUCUAAAAUUAAGUAAAUGACGUGUUAAACGCGUUAACCCAUAGCUCUCCAGAUAGAACACCAUUGCAGCACCUACCCCGCGGUCAACCUACUACCGGGUACUACGUUCAGACGUUAUUUAAGGCCGUGUACUUCAACCUAAAGCUUCGUUAUGGAGGCCUUGCUCGUUUUUGGGAAACAGGCAAAGAUCACAGUCUUGGAAGAAGGCACUUCGUGUGAAGAGUUGAAGAACAAGUUUUACGAAUUAUUUCCUGGUCAAAUAAACAAAUUUUCGCAAUCAAUUUUGCAAAAAUGGGAUAGUCACUGGAAUCAGUGGGUUGACUUGGAAACUUCAACAAUUGACAGCAAUUCUGUUGUUUGCAAAUUUAGAUUAAUUAAUAAAGAAACUAAUAAUCCGUGUCUAGGAAACCUGACACCAGAUUCUUGUGCCUUCCUCUGCUGUGAUAUGCAAGAAAGAUUCAAACCUGCUAUUUUACAUUUUGAUGAAAUAACUGAAGUUUCCAGCAGAUUAUUAAAAGGGGCAUCUUUAUUGGAUAUACCUGUCAUUGUGACAGAACAGUACCCAAAAGGAUUGCUUCACACAGUGAAGGAACUGGAUAUCAGCAAUGCAAAGGCAGUAGUGGAAAAAACAGUAUUUUCAAUGAUGGUUCCAGAAGUUGAAAAAAGUUUAGAAGCAAAUGUGAAGGAUCUAAGAAGUGUUAUUCUUUUUGGUGUUGAGGCACAUGUCUGUAUACAACAAACAGCAUUGGACUUAUUAGCAAGAGGAAUUGAAGUUCAAGUGAUUGCAGAUGCAUGUUCGUCUCGGUCUCAAGUUGACAGAAUAAUGGCCUUUGAUAGAUUACGAAGCCAAGGUGCCAUUAUUACAACAGCAGAAACUGUUCUUCUGCAAUUAGUGAAAGAUAAAAAUCAUCCGAAGUUCAAAGAAAUUCAAGGAAUUAUAAAAUUAACACCAAAACAACCGGGUCUUCUUCUUGGUGUUCAAAGCAGUUUGUAGCAGUCAUAGCAGUGUAUAUCUAAAAAUAGAUAUGACGAUAUGUUAUACUUCUAUUUUUUUAAUGAUUUUUUUUAAUUAUGUUAAUGUCAAUUUUUUCUAUUCAAUUGCAGUGUCAAAUAUACAUGAUCAAACUCGAUAACCGUAA